AUGGAAUACCACAAAAUAAGCACGCUUCCAGGCGAAGUGAUUGAACAUAUCCUUAGCUAUCUUGAUAUCAGCGAAGUAUCAUUUUUGGCUAAUCAAAUCAGAAAUUUAUCUGAGAAACCAACAGCUUCAUUAUCUAACCUUACCAACCAAGUACUACGAUAUAUUGCCCAUUGCAACAUAUGUUACACAAACAGGCUUUCCAACUACACGAUAUUGGGUCUCUAUAUAUUGACUCCUUCCUAUAUCUCGAAGAAAGACUUGGAUCUCGUUAAGAGUCAAGAGCUGUUACUUCUGAUGAUGCGGUUUUGCAAAUGGGCUGGUGACCAGCUAACCAAUGAAGUCACCUUGACGUAUUAUGUCAAGGAAUUAUCUGAUCUCGUGGAUUUCAGAGAUGUUGUAUAUGAACUUGGCAGAGAUUUCCAGUCGAUGAACUUCACCUUCAACAUCGAGUUAGAAUUUGACCCAGCAAUGUUGGCGGUGAUGGAUUUAUCCUACAUCAUCUCCAUGUUCAAAACAUCCAAUUUCGGACGGUUUAUUACUAGUAUGCUCAUAACAAAUUACGUACCUUAUUGCCUCAUAGAUUACCAUGAUUUUCCCAACUUGAAGCGAAUAUGGUUGGUUAACUCAAACUUACAUGCUAUGGACGAUAGUUAUCUUACCCAAACAAAGAUCACAGACUCAUUUAUGUGUCCCGACCCUUUUGGAAACAUCAACAAUAUGUCUAUUGUAUUGAAGACGGGACUCCCGCUGACAUUAACCACUCUUACGUUGAAUCAUGUUACUAUCAGCAGAGAGGUUUUAAAGUAUCAAUAUCCCCUGAAGUUGGUCAAACUUGACCUUGAGUCUGUCAAAGACUUAUCACAUGGAAAGUUCUUUUGUGGCCUAUUGAAGGCAAAUGUAAACUCCAAAGUGUUGAAGGAUUUACGGUUGCAAAAGUUGGAUGGUCUUACUCCAGAGAAUAACCAAGAAUUGCAUAUAUUAAUUCAAAAGUGUUGUCCUGUUUUGAAUAAUCUUUCGGUGAGUCCUGAUCAAUAUCCAACCACAGGAUCUGAUGUUCAAAGUCUAGUAUACCUUUCAAACUUGAAAUCGAUAGAUAUCAGCAAGCCCUUUGUGAUGACAAACUUUGCUGACGUAUUCAAGUCCUUGGUGUCCUUGAGAUUGGAAAAUUGUGACAUUGACUCUUUGGGUGAAUUGAUAUUCCCACCAUUCUUGGAGUCCUUGGACUUGUCUUAUAACCCCAUUGAAUGGAGUUACCCGAUUGCAUUCCCUCCUAGGUUGACUACCCUUGAACUAAGAAAUACCGGGUUGAGAAAGCUAAAUUAUUUGGUUCUUCCUAGAGGAUUGACCAUCUUAUCAUUAGAAGUAAACCUUCUUACCACAAUUGAUGACUUUAAAUUCCCUCCUCGUCUCAGAAGUUUGGGAAUCGGGUCUAAUAGAAUCAACAAAAUCCAGAAUCACUACUUGCCCCCUACGUUGGCAAUCUUGCAUCUAACAGAAAACUUUGUGUCAAACCCAGUUAACUUUGAGGUAAAUGCCAGGGGUGAAAAAUUGAACAUAUUUUCCUUGUACUUGAAUCAUAAUUCUAUACAAGAUUUAACGGGCUUUACGUUCGGUUCGUCUUUGAAAGUGCUAAAUCUUGAUGGGAAUAAUAUUUCUACCUUGAAAAACAUCGACUUUAAAGACCUAAUUGAGUUAAGUGUGUGUGGUUGUAAUAUGAACUCAAUCCGAAACCUGAAGUUCGGAACCUCGCUUUCGAUUCUCAAUAUGGGUAACAAUAAUUUAAGAACACUUCCACAAGGACUCCCGGUGUCUUUGAAAACCCUUGACCUAAGCUUCAAUGAGAUAUCAACCAUUGAUUUUGAUGCGUUUGCUCAUCUUUCGGGAGUGGAUCGAUUGUCUGUUUCUCAUAACUCGCUUCGACAAGUCAAACUCCGUUUGCACCCAAAUCUACGAUUUGUAGAUUUCUCCUGCAACAAAAUUGUAAGUUUUCACCUAAGUUACGACAAAUCGCUUUUGACAAAUAACACUACACUGCUCACAAGUGUCAAUUUGUCAAGCAACCGAUUAUCCAAGUUUUCACCUGACAAUUUGGGAAUCACCGAGGUGAUCCAACAUAAUGUGCUUUUUGAAAUUGAUGUGUCUGCCAACAAGAUCAAUCUGAACCAGCUUGACCCAAACAAGUUCCCUCCAAGCAUGAACGCGUUAUUUGUGGGAUACACAGGGAGACAAGAUGCCUUUGGAUAUGACAUUGCUGGUAACCUCAUCAAUUGCGAGUUUUGUAGUGGAAAGAAAGUAGAGACUUAG